UUCUGAUUUCAGGUGGCGAACCAACCCGCUCUCGUUUGCACAGCGCAUCGUUAGAGGCACGCUCCAAGGCCGGGGACAGAUGUGAAAACAGCUGGUUUACAGCAGUGUGUACGCUACAGCUACAAAAUGCUGUCCUCUGGCAAAUGUCUAAGCGUACCUGAGCAAGGUGCACCGGCAUCCUUCGUUCCCGAUGCCUUUGUUUAAAGCAGCCCAUCAGCUUUGGUUUGCAGCAGGUGAGUUGAAAACCGUGGCAAGACAAAAAGUGAUCGGUAACGGGAAGCACGGAGCUAUUUUCAGCCCAAGUAGGGGGAGCACCUGCUGCGUGUGGGACUUCUCCCCAGGCUCUCUGUGGCUCGGUAACCUGUUAAACCUGAGAGCAAGCAGGAGGGGGGCUCUGCUCUGCUCCAUCCACAAAACCUCCCUGGCACCUGUUUGCAGGUAACAAACUGCUGGCAGCAGCUUUGGCUGCAAGAAAGACUUGGGUGACUGGAGACGAAAGCCUGCGAGUGAGUUACUAAACCAAGGUUAUAAAGUUCUUUUGUUUCCUUGCCAUCCUAUGUUUAGGAGAAGUAAACCAUAUCUAAUCGCUUUUAAAUAGUAAUUUAAGAGAAUACACUCCUCCAGCUUCAAUAUGUGACUUAAUAAAGCACUGGACAGACCUGCCAGUAAGGAAAUGGAUGGUGACCAGGAUGCUUUUUGUAUGGUACUCCCAAUACUGCAGCGCUUAAAGCUUUUCAGCCUCCAUGUCUGCCAUGUUGGGGCUCUUUGUUGGCUUUUUUUGAUUGUUGGUUGGGGUUUUUUGUGCUCCAAUGAUGGAGAACGCUUUUCUCAUGCCAGAUCCCAUCUGACGCUGGGCACCUGAGCCCUUCUGCAAGGUCUUGCUCAUGAGCGGAUCUCGAGGGUAGGAUCUCGUGCUUUGUAAGCGGCCAAGAGAUUUUUAUCUCAGCUUUAGCAUGUGAUUUCGUCUUAUUCCUGGAAAAAUAAUUGACGCAUGCAGACCUGGAGCAGGAGAGUGUGCAAUAUGGAAAUAAGCUGUUUUUAAAUGUCAUCUUGCAGCCGGGUGGUCUCGCCCCUCUGCGCUGUGUGUCCCUGGGAUGUGGCCUGUCUUUACUGGCAGACCGUCAGUGGCUCUUCUCAGAAGGUAAACAGAGUACGAGAGGGGAAGAUCUACUCUACUGAUCAGCGCAUCUGAACUCUACCCCUUUUGCAUUCCUGAGCUCAGGUCUCAAACUGAAAGGCGAAAGCCUGCUCUGAGUCUCUCCCAGACACUGCUGUGGGGAUGAGGUUUCAGAUAAAGCAAUGAUAUCACCUUUGUGUUAGAGUUUGUUUAAAAAAGCACCACAGAAGCUUCUAUCCCGGCAGUUUUUUCUGUUUUCUUAUGCGAGACCAAGGAAUAUGCCCCAAGUGCAAGGGCACCCACCAAUCCUGAAGCCCUGCAGCCUGGCUUUUCCUCUGUCGCUUGUCCUGCAAGGGUCACACUAGAAAGGAGGGAUGCUGAGCCCCGAGGCUGAGGACCUGGGGAAGGAAGACUUUGGAGUGCUUGGCUUGCUUCCAGCCCUGAUUGAAAUCCGUGUUGUGAAGAGCUGCUUGUGAGAUAAUGCCGCGCAGCAGGAGUGUUGGCUCUCCUGGCCAGAGGGGAAAGCGGAGUUGGAUGGGCUUAGAUCUGUAAGGAGCUGAGAUAGUUUCACUUCCCUUCGCAUUAAUAACACGAUUACUCACUUCUCUUAAGCAGAACGGCAGCAGGAAGGGAGUACGUGUGACUACAGAUGGGAGUAGUUUUUCUUGCCACAAUUUGCAUCGCUGAAUGAUGACAUGGCAGCGACUUGUCCGUACCUUCUCCUUCUGGUGACUUAGAGCCUCAAGUCCUGACAGUUUUUACCCUAAAAACCUUGGUGGAUGUGCUGGAGUAGGUGGGUCAGGGGGGUUUAUUGAUUUAAAUUGUUUACUUCAUUGUACAGUACAAAACUGAGAUCAAUUUAUCCACAUCUGGCAACCCUGUGGGAACAAACUUGGGCAACAGUGUGUCAGGUCUAGUUGCAGCCAAAGACCAAACCGUAGAUGUAAGCAGCCUGGUUGUGGGGCUUUCCAGCUUUUGAGGAGAUCUAGGAGGAAAGAUCCCUUGUCUUCCCUGGCUUCAGGUGCUUGCUUCUCCUGCAGAUGCAUUGCAAGCAGCUCUCUAGAGCAUCUGGACUUCCAGUAGUGUCUGUCUUGGACCGCAACUCGUGAGGCAGAGGAUGCAGCUGCCUUCCAGUCGCUACUGAAAUACAGUGCUCUGCUACUCCACCGUCUGAUGUGUCCUGCUGCAUGCUCUGCUCCGAAGACCUUGUGAUCCGGAUGCUCUGCCGCUCUCUGAGGAGGAGGCUCGUGUCGGUGUGGUGGUGGAUCCCUCGUGCAGACCUCAAACCCCCGGCCUGGGAAAGGCGGGUGGGUGAAGGCUACAAGAGGCAGCAGGAGCCUGGCCGCAGGGUGUCGGCACCCAGCACACUGCCACAAAGGUGAGCAAGCAAGCCCUGCUCUCUGCUCAGAACAACCCAGAAUUAAUUCUGGGGUCAAAGAAGUCAUCUUUCCAUCAGAAAACCUGGCGAGAGCUAGGAGACUCCCAAUGGCUGAAAACGAGGGAGAAAAGAGUUACCGCUGGGUGCAGUGCCUGGGAGCGGACGGCUGAAGGGAGAUACUGGUCUUCACCCUGCGGCCGCUCCUCCCUUUCUGAUGAGGUCCGACAGGAGAGGUGCCGCUGCGACAGUCGGUCGCUCAAGCCUACCUAAUAUUUUCUGCAACGCUGUUUGUGGUUUCCCGUGAGCCUGCAGAUGGUGAUGUUUCUGUAGGUAUUUAUUUCAGCAUUCCCAGGCUCCUUCCCCGGUGUGGCUGGUUUUCUCCCCAUCCCUUUUCCCCUCGGCAGGAGCCAGAGGAAUUUCAAUUCUCACCAGUUCUCCACCGCGGUGGGAGUAGAGGAAGCUCAUGGAGAAAUGUUUCUGGCUUGCUUUGCCUGGACUUGGCCAAGGCUGUGGUCUUGCUGGUGUGUGAACCGUGAGUGACCUUUCUCUUGGUGCUUCCAUGCCAGAAAAAAUCACGUUUCCUGCAGGGAAGCAAGGGCCACACUGAGGUGCAGCGAUGGGGUUGCUGUCUUCUGUUGCGGUUUCUCCUUUCCCAUGGGAUCCCGUCCUUGGGUGCAGCAGUCCAGGGGUGAGUGGGAGGUUGCCCUCUUGUUGCAACUUGGUUUGUGCUUGACAACUGAGGGUUGUUAAGGGAAAAAAAGAUGGUUUGGAGGGAAGAGGAGGUGGGAGGGAUGGAGUAAGCUCACUGGGUGUAAAACCGUAUGGGGAUUCCCAGUCCUCUCCUACAGCUGCAGGAAUUGCAGCUGCAUGUGUGGACACUGCUCCAAGAGGCCGAACCUCCUUCAAUUUAAUCCACCCGCGCCAUCAGGCUGGAUUCGAGCUUUGUGAUGAGCUGGUCAGACCAGCAGCUCCUGGCAGCUCAAUCCCUGUGCCUUUACUGUGCUGAUAUUAAGAAAUAAACAAAAAACCCCCUCAAAGCACACAUCCAGUCCUUACUGGGAGGACUGUGUGGGGGCAUGAUGCUGCUUGAGAGGAAGAGGAGGGGAGCGAGCGGCAGCUUUGGGAUGUUUUCAAAACCAUCCGGCUGCAGGAUGUGGGGAAAGUGUGAAGUGCAGCGCUGCUGCCAGCUGCCCCGGUGCGGAGCCGGCGGCCACUCUGCGGGGAGCAGCCCUGCCCUGCGGCUGCUUUCUGGCAAGGACAGGGUGGGUGAAAGGUGGCCGGGUGGCAUGGGGGCUCUCCCGUCCCACGGCACCUUUGCUGCUGGGGAAAGGGGGUUACGCUGGCUUGGCUUCGGUCAGCCGAAGUGAUGAGCUGGGGAGGAAGAGGGGGAUGAAGCAUGUUGUUUUUUCUCCCAGGGCUGCAGGGAGGAAGCUGGUUUGACCCCCGGGGCAUUGCCUUGUUUGGUGGUGCCACAUGAAGGAAUCUCAUCAGAAUAUCACCCAGGAGCCUCCAGAUUACCCCGGAGCAGAGAAUCCACCGCACUGGCAGUUAUGAAAACGCCACUUGCCGAGACCUUGCUGAGACCUUGCUGCUCAUUUGCCUGAGGUUCAGCUUUUCCCCAGAUGCAAAUGCCGUCAGCUCCAGUUCCACCAAGAGUGCCGCCGCUGAGAUGGAGGCCCCGCUCCCUGGUCUCUCCCUGCUUCUGGUCGUCCUGGCAGUGGGAUGGGGAAGCGGGGCGGUCGCAGCCUGGGCAACAUCUUCUGGCGGCUGUGAGCAUGUGCAGAGCACCACGGACUGCACUGGGAGAUGGCUGAGCUCCGUCCCAGGAAAUCUUCGAGGUGAUACCGAGGAGCUGUUGCUUGAUGACAACACUAUCCAGGUUCUGGGCAAUGCCUCUCUGCUCUCAUACCACCAGCUGCGGCGUCUCAGCUUGACCAAGAACCGGCUGGAGCUCAUUGAGCCCGGCACCUUCCUCAGCAGCCAAGGCCUCCACAUGCUCUCCUUGGCAGACAACCUCCUCUUCACCAACUACUCGCUGACGGCAGCAGCUCUUUCUGCUCUGCCAGCCUUGAGGAUGCUGGAUCUAGCUGGCAACCGUCUCACUGAGGACAUGGUAUCAGUUCUGGUCUGGAACCUGUCUUCCUUGGAGUCCUUGUCUGUGGCCAGGAACAUCAUCAUGAGGCUGGACUCGUCGGUCUUCACAAACCUGACACGGCUGUUGGAGCUGAACUUGGAGAAGAACUACAUCUUUGAGAUUGACCAAGCUUUCGAAGGGCUACAGAGGCUGCAGAGGCUCAACGUAGCUUACAACUACCUCCCAUGCGUAGUGGAGUUCGGCCUGACCCAGCUCAGGGUGCUCAACGUCAGCAACAACGUCAUCGAGUGGUUUCUGGCCCUGGAAAGCGAUGACCUCUUUGAGCUGGAGGUGCUGGACCUGUCCCACAACCACCUCCUUUUCUUCCCUGUCUUGCCCCGGCAGAGCAAGCUGCACUCCUUGCUGCUGAAGGACAACGAGAUGAGCUUCUACCAGCGCCUCCCCAAUGGCACAUCCCUGGCGGACGUCACAGUGCAGUUCCUCUUCAUUGAUGGCAACUCCACCAACAUCACAACGGUCAGCCUCUGGGAUGAGAUCUGUCACAGCAACCUCUCCUCCCUGCGCCUCCUGGACAUGAGCCAGAAUCAGGUCUGGUACCUGCCAGAGGGCUUCCUGGCCCAGAUGCCCGCCCUGACCCACCUGAAGCUCAAUCAGAACUGCCUGGAGACAUUUCACCUGUCAGAAGGGGACCCUUUAGCCAUGCUGACGGAGCUGGACCUCAGCCAGAACCAGUUGGUGGAGCUGGGAGCAGAGGUGGGCGCUGGGGACAUCCUGCCCAACCUGCAGCUCUUCAACCUCAGCACCAACAGGCUGCGGGUGCUUCCUCCUGGGGUUUUCGCUUACACCAGGAAGAUCACUACCGUGGACCUCAGCCGCAACCGGGUUGACCUCUGUCCCCAGCCAGCUGUUGCAGGCAAGGUGGAGAGUCCCCCCUGUGUGGAUAUGAGGGGUGUCGAGACCUUGACUCAUCUCUCCUUGGCUGGCUGUGGUCUGCGGGGACUGGGUGGCCACCCCUUCCAGGGGACAUCACUGAUGCAUUUGGAUCUCUCCGACAACCAUCAGGCACUGUCCAGGGGCCUGGAGUCGCUGCAGGACCUUGCUCUGACACUGCAGGUAUUGUUUCUGAGGAACACCAACCUCUCCUCCACCACCGUGGACUUCUCGGCCUUUACCAGCCUCGUGCGCUUGGACCUGUCGGGGAACUCCUUGACUGUCUUCCCCACCUCGCUGGGCAUGCUGAAGCUGCGCAGCCUGGACCUGCGAGACAACUGCCUCCCGGAUUUCCCGUCAGAUGUCACGCGGACGCCGCUGGGGAAGAGCCUGCGGGAGGUCUACCUCAGCCAAAACCCCUACAACUGCUGCACGCUGGGCUGGUGGGACGCCCUGCAGCAGGUCAAGGGGUUGCACAUCCGUGACAGGCAGGAGGUGACCUGCAGCUAUGCCUCCCGCACGCUGAACCCCCGGGCACUGCCCGAGCCAGUCCUGUGGAGCUGCCGCUGGCAAACGGCUGACCUGGCACUCCUCUACCUGGUGCUGGCUCUGCCCACCUGCCUGACGCUCCUGGUGGCCUUUGCUGUUGUCUUCCUCAUGCUCAAGCAAAAGCUGCUGAAGAUGGUGAAAAGCCGGUGUGGGGUGUCCAGCCCUUACUGAUGGCUGAGGAGGAAGGGCUCAGGAAUGGCGAAUGCGAGCAGGUUGUCAGGAUGACAGGCGGUAAUCUCUCUCCGAGGUGGAGACAUGCUGGGUUGGAGGACCAGGGGGUGCUGGGAGAGCUGCUGUUCUGCUAUGGAUGCCCUAAGGGUACCCGAAGGGUGCAGGGCCAUGGCUGGUGAUGGAGCCUGGGGCUGUCCUGGGCAUCCUCAAGGGACAUGUCUUCAGCAGAAACCUUCAGCUGACGUUGGUGAGAGCCAAACAGAGGAGACACUGAACGUCUCUUGGCCAAGGCGGCAUGGACAGUUGUCCCCAGUGCUGUUUUUUACCCCCAUUCAGGCAGUUCCUUUUAUUUAUUCACCCCCGUAGCCAACUAUCUGCUGCCAAACAUCCUCCAGCUCUGCAGUCAGCCUCCACGAAUUGCCCCGGGCUGGAGUGAGCAUCAGCUGUGCGCUGCGGAGAAGGCUCUCCAUGGCUGUGGCUUUCCACGCUGCUCUUGCUGGCACCAGCAAACUCAUGGGCAGCCCUGGGCGUGCAUCCGUGUGCAUGUGCUGAUGAGAUAGGUGUCAGCAAGGCUGAAAACCACAUUUUGGGGUGUUGUUGCUUGGUUAAGUCAUGAUCCUGGCUAGAAGAACCCAUGAAAAAUAACCCAAGUUGCAAUGAUGUAAAAUAUUGACUAAAAGACAGGAGAAUAAAUUAUAUCAGUGGUAAUAUUAUCAUCAGUGUCUUUCCCUCCAGCAACUGCUGGAUUUAACCAGAUGCAAAGGAGAGAGAUAAAGUAAGAGACAGCUUUCCUCCUUGAUACGUCGGCUCCAGUGGCGUGGGGGGGUUUCCUCCACCCAGCCCCGGUCGGUCACAGCACGCACCGGCUCUCCCGUACCAGCAGUGCGCUACCUGGGGAAGUGCUGCUUUGUUCCUCGGAGGGCUGCUGGGGCUGGAAAUGAGAAGUGAUGGUGGUUAGCGCUAACUCCAAAGCCCCGCUCAGAACCAGAGCAGCUGUAUUCCUGUGGCGCCAUUGGGACGUCUCCAGUGAAAUGCGUGUCUGAGUUAAAGGGGAAGCAGCACCCUCCCUGGUGCAGGCAUGGGGACAAGGACCAGGGUCAGCUGCAGCCCAGACGUCACCCAGUGCAUCUGCAGUGGUGAGGCAACCUCUGAGCGUGGGGCCAGAACACGGGGAUGUGGCCGAGAGGGGAGGCCAGCUUGGAGGUGGAGCGGUGCAUCCCUGCCUGUUUUUGGAGACGCUGCGGAGACGCUGCUGCCUCGAUGCGCAGGCAGCCGUUGGAUCAGGACAAUGGAUGGAGGCUGAAAGCAGAUGCCGCACUUCUUUGCAACGUAAGUCAUUACAGUUCU